GUCAAUGGUUACACUUUAACUAAAGGAUUCUUCCGCAAAGAAACACAAGUCAAUUUUGCUACAGGUGAAGUUUUGUACAUGACUCAUGUAGUUCGAGGAUUGGAUCGAAAGGGUAACCUCUUAGUCGAUAUUGUAAUAAGUGGAGAUGUUCCAGAUUUACCAUCUUCUAAUCUAACUCUGCAUCCCUUUACAGAGGAUUACAUACAGACCGGUCCAGGUUCAAUCUAUGCUCUGUCAACACGUACUUAUAAAAUUGGGGAUUAUAUUCUUCCUUAUUCAUGGAACCAUUCAAUAUUUUAUGAUGAUAGUCUUGGUGAAAUGCCUUUUGUGGUGGAAAGACUUUAUGCUGAUAAUAUUGAAAGCCAAUACGAUCCUGAUACACUAAAUAUGAAAUUUUUCAUAUCUGCUGCUAUUGGUAUAGGUCCAACUUCAGAUGACUGUUUUGAAGGUUUCAAACUGAGUUCAAAUGGAGUUUACUGUGAAGACAUCAACGAAUGUGAAAAUAAUUCAUGUUCUCAUAUUUGUAACAAUUUUCCGGGUGGAUUUUCCUGCCAAUGUUUUAAUGGAUUUGAAUUGGAUGUUGAUGAAGUUUCAUGCAUUGAUUUAAAUGAAUGUGAUAUCAAUAUUGAUGACUGCUCCACGUCAGAAGAAUGUAUAAAUACCUUGGGAUCUUAUAAAUGUAUAAUUAUUUGCAAAGAAGGAUAUAGGAGAAGUGUGGAUGAACAAUAUUGCACAGGUAUGAUUUUUGUUUUGCCCAUUACAGUUUAUUUUUAUUAAAAUUAUUUUAUUUCU